AUGGCAACACCAGAAUCCCCAAUUGAAUUCUUCGAUAUAGCCUCUGGCCCCCCAAAACGAUGCUACGCUCCGAACCCAUGGAAAACACGCUACACACUCAACAUCAAAGCCCUCCCCUACAAAACCAACUGGGUCGAACUCCCCGACGUAAAAUCCACCCGUCUUGCGCAUAAAGUCGACCCUGUGCGCAAGUUCCCAGACAACUCCGACUUCUACACCCUCCCCAUGAUCCGGGACCCUAACUCCUCCGACGGCGACUCCUGGGUCGGCGACUCCUUCGACAUAGCCGUGUAUCUCGACCGCGCGUACGCAGAUAGCGGGGAACGCCUUUUCCCUGCAGCCAACAUAAUCGGCGUCUACCGCGUCUUCAAUGCGCAUGUUGACGCCUUGUUUACAAAGCACGUGGUGCUGUGCUCGAAUUAUAUGCCGCUGAAUCCUGAGACGGCGGAGCAGACGAAACGAGAGUUUGUGGAGCGCUUGCAUGUGGAGAGCUGGGAUCAGUUAUGUGUCGAGGGUGAGGCUAGGGAUAAGGUUCUACAGGCUUUUGAGGCGGAUAUGGAGGAGUUUGCAAAGAUGUGGCGGUUUGAGGAUCAGGGACCGUUUUUGGAGGGUGCAAAGUUGACGUAUGCGGAUGUUAUUGUGGGGGGUUGGUUGCAGUUUGUUAAGGCGACGCUGCCGGAGUGGGAGCGCAUUUGUGGGUGGCAGGGGGGAAAGUGGAAGAAGAUGAUUGAUGCGCUGGAGCCGUGGGCGAAGCAGGGAUGA